AUGGCGGACAAUGAGAAUUCUGUUCCGCCUGAGCAAAUAGAAUUUUUGAAGUGGUUGGAAGAUAACAGGUUUUCCCAGUUUCGUGAAAAUUUCUGUAGGAACAAAAUCAACACACUGCAGAGGCUUUGCUUACUGAAAUCUGAGGAGCAGCUUGCUCGAAUUGGGAUUGACAGCUUUGGUGACCAACUCGAUUUACUAGAUUGUAUUUCCAAACUGAGAGCGUUACAAAAUGCUACGGAAGCAGUAGGACAGGGCUGCCAAAAUCAAACCCAGCAAAACAAAAGCAAUCUACCCUCAACUUUGGUCAGACUUCCAAACCGAAAACAACACCGGACACAAAGGUGA